UGUCAUUACAAAGACAUGGUAAUCUAUCUAGUUAAGCCUCAUAAAGUUUUACAUGACAUAAGAGUCCAUUGAGGAGAAGAGCUUUGAAGGAAGUAGUAAGAGGAGGACAGACAGUCCCACGAUUCAGUCUGUUCUCCUCCCUCCUCCUUGCCCUGAGUAGUUAUUUUCACCAGUACCCCUCUCCUCCCCCCCAAAACAUCCAUUCUGGUCCAACGCUGAGGCAGGGGGUGUGGUGUUAGGGCUCAGCACUCCCUUGUGCAAGUCUGAGGAAGAGGAGAGAGCGGGACAGGGGUACUGAACAUCGAGGGGAAACGCAAGUCUUCAUCACCUGCCGCAAACAGCUGCUGCUGUGUCCCCUAAAGACACCGACAGAACCCAGUGAACAGCCCCAUACAGUAUACUGGACAUGGAGGCGGGACCUGAUGAGGGAGCAGUGGGGGCUGCGUCUGCCAACGAGGCCUCCGAGACGACCCCCAGCGACACGUCGUCAGGCACACUGACCAGUCAGCAGCUAGCUGCUAUUGAGGAUGAAGAAGUCCUGAAUAAACUGUUGGAUAAGGCUGUGGAUUUUGAUGAAAGGCGAAUGAUCCGCGCUGCAUUGAGGGACCUGCUCAAGAAGAAGAGAGAGAAGCGAGAGAAAGAGCGGGGGUCACGGCAAGAUGACCUGAGACAGCAGGCUUUGAGUAAAGCAGGCACAGGACGAAUGGGAAUGAACAGGGGCCAGACCAGCAAUCACCAGCCUAAAUCCCACAUGCACAGCCAAUUUCCUGCGUCAACCACCAGCUCCUUGUCUAAGACAACUAGCAGCAUGGCCAACCCAGCUAUCGCAACAGCCCAUCAGUCUUCCCCUGUCGCUGCAGCACCCAACAUGAAAAAUGUCAAGCAGAUGUUACUGGAUUGGUGCAGGGCCAAAACCGAACCAUAUGAGGGGGUGGAAAUCCACAACUUCUCCUCCAGUUGGAGUGAUGGCAUAGCGUUCUGUGCGCUGGUGCACAGGUUCUUCCCAGAUGCAUUUGAGUACUCCAUCCUCAACCCCAACGCACGCAAGGACAACUUUGAGCUGGCCUUCAGCACUGCAGAGAGGCUGGCAGAUUGCCCCCCUCUGCUGGACGUUGAAGACUUGCUGCGGAUGCGUGAGCCUGACUGGAAGUGUGUGUACACAUACAUCCAGGAGUUCUACCGAUGCCUGGUGGAGAAAGGCCUAGUUAAAACUAAAAAGAAACUCUAAAUACACUGUUUCACAGUAUACUUAAAUACAUGUUGCGUCCACGUGCCAUGAGGAGGGGAUAUAAACGUUUGCAAUUUGCUGCAGCAGCUUGUAAGCACAUAGCUGGGAUUUUGAUUAGUCUUUUUUUAUUGUUUUGUGCGAGCUUACACUUAUGUGUAUGUUUUCAGAAGACAGCUGGCACUUAGGAUCUGUACAUUCCACUAAGAUUACACAUCUACAUUAAUCUCAGUCAGAGCCAUAGGGAAUCUGUGAAUGGCUUUUUGGGGUGCUGGGGUGCUGUGCCCUGACUAUCAUGCCUUUUUGUGUGUAGGCUAUGUAUGGAUUAAAGAUACUGUGCAUGAGGUCAAAUA